GGCUCCUCUCCUUCACUCCCAAGCUGAAUGCAUCACCAAGCAACAACCCUCAAACCCCCGACCCCUUUUCCCCACCACUACCAUCCGUCUCCUCCUUCCCCUUCCCGCCUUCUACUCCCCAUUUCUCAUCCCCUCCAACCAAACACCCGACCUUGCUCCCCCCUCAGCUGCCGGGGAAUUCAUAUCCCUGCCCUGAAACACCCCCCUCACUCUCUUGCUUCCUCCAAUACUGUCCUUCAAGACCGUAAUCCCGCCGCUGUCAAGACCAUUGACGUAGCCACACUUGGGAACCUCUGCGUCGAUAUUGUGCUCGAUGUUCCCGAAUUACCCCCUCCAUCGCGGGAGGCUCGCAAGGCUUAUAUGGAACAGUUAUCGGCGUCCCCUCCAGAUAAGAAAUACUGGGAAGCCGGUGGUAACUGCAAUGUGGCUAUAGCAGCUGCAAGGUUGGGGCUUAACUGUGUUGUAAUUGGUCAUGUUGGUAAUGAAAUCUAUGGGAAGUUCCUGCAGGAUGUUCUUCGUGAUGAAGGAAUUGGUGUGGUUGAGAUGAGUGAAGAAACUGAUUUUACUACUGGUUCUAGUGGGUCAUAUGAAACACUUCUGUGUUGGGUGCUUGUAGAUCCUUUGCACAGGCAUGGCUUUUGCAGUCGAUUUGAUUUUAGUGAGGGGCCUGCAUUCAGUUGGAUGAGCAAACUCUCUGACCAAGUAAAGAAGGCCAUUAAACAGUCAAGAAUCAUCUUCUGCAAUGGUUAUGACUUUGAUGAGUUUUCCCCUAAUGUGCUAGUCUCAUCUGUGGAGUAUGCUGUAGAAGUUGGUACAUCAGUCUUUUUUGAUCCUGGACCAAGGGGAAAGAGUCUUUUAACUGGAACACCUCAGGAGCAGAAAGCACUUAGUCACUUGUUGAGGAUGAGUGAUGUCCUUCUUCUCACAUCUGAUGAGGCUGCAUCAUUGACUGGUAUUGGAAACCCAACAUUGGCAGGGCAGGAGUUGUUGAGGAGAGGAGUGCGGACCAAAUGGGUGAUUGUGAAAAUGGGUCCUAAGGGUUCACUUCUAAUCACCACAUCUAGUGUAACUUGUGCACCAGCAUUUCAGGUGAAAGUAAUUGACACUGUUGGAUGUGGGGACAGUUUCGUGGCUGCUGUUGCAUUUGGUUUUAUACAUGAUAUACCCCUUAUUAGUACAUUAGCAAUUGCAAAUGCUGUGGGGGCUGCAACUGCAAUGGGCUCUGGCGCUGGGAGGAAUGUAGCAACACUGAAGCAGGUUAUAGAGCUCAUUAAGGCACCAAAUCUCAAUGAGGAUGAUGAGUUCUGGAACAAGCUGCUUAGUGAGCAUUUCAACAUUCAAGAGAUUACUUUUCUCAAAAAAGUGGUCAUAAAUGGAAGUAACAAUAGGAUGAACCUCAUUGCACUGCAAAGGGUUGUUUCAGAUCUGCUACCGAAGCUUGAAUCAGUGCAAUUAGAAGGAAACGUAUCCUCUUGAUAGAUUGCACAAUGCCAUGUGGAACAGGUUUAGGGUUGGAUUGCUAAUAUCUUAAUUUGGCAGAAUCAGAAUGAUGCACCACUCGAAACAAGCAUCCUUUCUUCUUCUUCCUUUUUUUCUUUUUUUUAUUUUAAAUCUUUUUGUGUUAACUAGGUUUACAGCUUUCCAGCAAUUUGAAGCGAUGACUAUACCAAUAUAGUUUAAUGGCAUGAUUGACAGCAAAUCUGAAUUGGGGUCCAAGAAGCUUCUUGCUUAUAGCAUUUUUUAUACCGUUGCGACGCUUCUUAGGGUUAGUGGAAGCCUAUAUUUUGAUUGUGCUGUAAUUUUUUACCAACUCAAGAAAGAUGUUAGGUCAAUCUUCUUAUAAUGUUUGUUUUUCCAUUUUUGAAUUGCAAAAGCAUAUAUGUCACCAAAAUGUAAGCUCUGAAGGGUUUGCUUGAGUUGUAAGAUACUUAGUGUAACCUUAAAAUCUCAUAUCAGUGAAGACUUGUGAGUGAAUUUUGUACAUAAGUAUAAAAAUCAAUUAUUAUU